AGACUCUCUCUCUCUCUCUCUCUCUCUCUCUCUCUCUCUCUCUCUCUCUCUCUCUCUUAUCUCUUGUGUUUCCAAGCCCAUACAGCCCUCUGUGUCAAGCACUCUAUUUAAUAGUAUUACUCAGAGACUCUUCACAUUUUCCAACUCCAACUCUUUGACAAGUUAGCUUCUGAACUCUCUUAUUUUACACUUCUGAUCAGAAAACAAGCCAAACGCCAAACCUCCAAGACACUUCUCCCACGUUUUACUUUCUUUUCUCUGUCACUCUCAGCUCAAUUCAUACCAUUUCUUCAAUUCUUGUACUCUUCUACUCUUUCUCAAGGUUGAUUCCUCAACAUUACUAAAUUUUCCCCACUUGGGUUUUCUUUCUUUUCGAAUUUUCGUUCACCUUCAUGUUCUGAUUUUCGUUGCAGACAUGGGAGACGAAGAGAAAGGCGGCACGGAAGUUGAUCACCAAGAGAGCAAUGCGGAAGAAGAUAGAGAUGCGAACACAAAAUUGUUUCCGUGCCUCUUCUGUUCGAGAAAAUUUUACAGUUCUCAAGCCUUGGGAGGCCACCAAAACGCUCACAAGAAGGAAAGAACGGCUGCGAGGAAAGCUAAACGCGCUUCUAACUACGCUUUGUCUAUCAACUUCCCCAUACUAUCCCCUAACACACAACCUCACAUGGUUUUUGCUCCAAACCAUCAUUUAGGCCUCUUGCAUCCCUAUAUAACUGCUCAUGCUGCCAAUCUCCGAUACUUUCCGAAUCCUAACCAGUUCUCAUCAGACUGUUUCGGAUCCAACGGAGCACCAAAGUUUGAGAAUUCUGUGUACUAUGGCGGGAAUGGCCUGUCGUCGAGCAAUAACGUGAACGGUUAUCAGUGUGAGGAUGAUGAGCAAAGUUUCUUGAAUUGGCAGAGGAGCGUAAGAUACAAUGGAUUCAGUGGAGGAGGUUCAUCACAGCAGUCAUCAAUGGCGAAUGGGGAUCACAAUUCCGGGAUUGGUGGUGGUAGUAAGGGUAAAGAGCAAAAGCUUGAUCUUUCUCUCCAUUUGUAGAAAUAGUGAGGGUGGAUAGUGGAGUUGCAUUUUUGGUAAUAAGCAUCUCUCUAGCUUUUACUUUCCACUUUUGAGAUAUGUAAUUGCCAAUUUAUCUUGACAUGAUUAGUUGGGAUAUAUUGCAUGAGAAAGAAUGGGCAUCCUACCUUAUUGUUAAAGCAUACCUUAAUUUUAACCUCAAAUAUUGACUCUCCCUUCAGUUGAAGCUUGAAUUUCCCCGUUCCUGGUGAAUCACAUAAUGGUGGUCAAGAGAGGCUAAAAUGUCUUUGUGAGUCUUCUCGGACCCGUGAAAGAAUGG